GCUUUCUCGACGAAACUUCAACCUCGUCCUGCUAUGCACAACGCAUUUUGAAUGCGCAUGUCCCAUCAUGCCUCUUCAAGACCCUCCUUCCUCUUCGAUACCCCCUUCAUUAGGUCCCGGUGCCCGGCCCACGACAGAAAACCAACAGAAGAGGUCCAUAGAUGCACUUCUAAAGGACACACCCAACAUAAGAUCGACAUAUAAUGUCCGUCUCCAAGAGUCAGGGGUGUUUCUCUCCUACGACCUCAAGGGCUCCACUCGCUCCUACAGUCUCUCUUUCGACAGACUCCCUUUGACCGGAUUCAAAAGGUGGAUAGUCUACGGAGGCCCAAAACGAGGAUAUGUCUCAGGCGUCAAAGCCAUUGACGCACUGGUUGGCAUGGAGGUGUUCACAGGGAAGGACCUGACGGAAACCGAAGUGGAAGGCAUCGUUUAUCAUACCGCCAAGAGGUCGGUAUACAAUUUCUAUGGCGUGGCUACUGGUGUAUCGACUGCCUGCGCCAUCGGUUACAGGACCUCCGCAAACAUGAAAUUUCCCUUUCGCUCCCCUAAACCACUGAAUGCGUAUAACGCUUUUCCCACUCGCUCCAUACCCUUGCUUACUGGGUCGUUAGCUCAAAGCAUGUGGCAAGUUGCUCGCUACAGUACCUGGAGCAUGGUCUGCGUUUUCAUCAUUCGGCCGAUCUUUAACGCGGUGGCUAACUAUCAAAUGGUUAAUGGUAUUUAUGAGGACGAUCGAACGAAACAUCUGAAGCCUCUACUUAAAGCAGGCCUCAACAGCGCCACUCCACAUCUCCGGAAAUCAGCUAGUGGUGCACCGCCAGGUGGGAAACAGGAGUCCGACCAUGCCCAAAGCGAAGAUCAAAACUCUUACGAGUACGGCCAGGCUUCGUAUCAAGGUUUCUCAGCAGAUCAGGAAUCUACUCCAGAGUCUUUCGACAGGAACUCGACAUUCGAGAGCAACCAGGACUCGGGCCGUCAAAAUAAUAGAAGUGGCGAUCAGUAUGGUACUCGGUGGGGCGGUUCGGGGACUGGUACAAGCCCUUCAUAUGAACGUCCCCCGGCCCCUCGAGUCUCAAGCCCGCCCAGCGGUGGGGAUAUUUUCUUCGACGAUGACGCCUCGCCCACAGCCGGAAACGACCCUGACAUGUCCACCCCGUCACGGUAUGGUACAUCGUACGGACCAGGUGCUUGGGAUCGUAUAAGGAGAGGAGGCAGGUCACAGCCGAGUACAGGAUCAUCGGAGACACCAUCACAGUCACAAGGCUGGAACUCCUCGAGGUCCUCAAGAGAAGAUCGGUACGGCGAACCCAUGCCAAGUUCUAGCGAAGGGGGGUCUUUCUCCAAAUCCGACGCCGACAAAUCGUAUGCACGAUCACAGGCACAAAAGGAAUUUGACGACAUGUUGGAACGAGAAAGAAGAAGUAGCGGAAGUGUAGAAUAUGACCGCGGAAUGCGAGCCUUGGAAGCCGGACAAGAAUCUGCGGGACUUCAAGGCACCAGUGCAUGGGAACAGAGAAGAAGGAGGUGACAACGCUGAGAAUGUGACAAAAUGUAACAAUCCUACAUGGAAGUUGUAUGUACAAUACUUGAGGCUACCUCUGUCAAGUGAAUGGAUCAUCCCUACAUCCCUAC